CUCUCUCGCUCUCUCGCUCUCUCUCUCUCUCACGAUGGACGAGGUGUGUCCACUACAAGUGGUCAAAUACUCCUUAUUGCUGCAGGGUGUUCGAGAGAUCAGAGACAACCGCAGAGUUUUGGGAACUUUACUAUAAGGUUUUUGAUUUCCUAAGGAAACACACAAAAUGACAACCAAUCAGGAGCCGCAGUACGUUCACCAUCUAGAGCCACCGUGUGCUCCUUCAGCACCUCCUCUGGUCCAAUACUCAGACCCCAAGAACAAAGGUGUUAGACACUGGUGUGGCCGCUACUUUAUGGCUAUAAUCUAUAGCCUGCUUCUUCUGCUACUGGUGGCCGGUGUCCUCUUUGGUUACUACUGGUCGUCUCCCUGCGUAAGGGGCGUGGCGUGUGGCGACGUCGGCUGUGUCUGGAAGUCCCAGUGGUGUGACGGCGUCAGAGACUGUCGGGGGGGCCAGGACGAAUCCUCCUGCUUGAGGCUGUACGGACCCAGCUCCCUCCUGCAGGCCUACUCCUCACAGACCGGCUCCUGGAGGAGCGUGUGCUCCCAGGGCUGGACGGACUACCAGGGGCGGGCCAGCUGUCAGCUGAUGGGAUACGACCGGAGCACCUAUGUGGCGUCAGGGCAGCAGCAGGGGGGGUCUGACCGGGGGUUCUUCACCGCCAGACCUGGGUGGAGCCCUGAAGUGGCCUUUCUCCAGCAGCUUGUCCUCAGUGAUACAUGUCCCGGCAACAGACUGGUGACCUUGCGUUGCAUCGGUGAGCAGUCCUCCCCUCCCCCUCUUACCUCUACGGACACGGGUCGCCACUGCGUCCGUCUGAAGGAGCCCAUCUUGCCCUCAGACUGUGGCAGGGGGACGAGGGGCUCUGGCCGUCUGGACCAGCAGCCGCAGGGGGUCCGGGGGGACUGGCCCUGGGUGGUCAGUCUGCGGUUGCGGGGCGUGCACCGCUGUGGAGGAGCCAUCAUCACCCGCCACUGGGUGGUCACGGCAGCACACUGUGUGGUGAGUGACCUCCACCCUGAGGACUGGACUGUGUAUGCUGGGGUACAGAAGUCCAGGGACAACCUGUUCAGCCCCCCCCACUCUGUGAGCAGCAUCGUGGCUCACGAGGGCUUCAGCAGACUGACCAUGCAGAACGACAUAGCCCUGGUCCAGCUGUCCGGGCCCCUGAACAUCACGGUCUCUAGUGAUAUCGGAGCUGUGUGUCUCCCCAACACGGGAGUGUACAUCGUCCCAUCUCAGAACUGCUCUGUGUUGGGGUUCGGUGGAGCGCCAAAUGAAGACACUCUGCGCCUGAUGGAGGCUGCUGUAGAGCUGGUGGACGGCGAGACCUGUAACAGCUCCCACGUCUACGAAGGCAGGAUCACCCAGGAUAUGAUAUGUGCUCAACGUAUGAAGGGGGAACACGGCAUAUCCCAGGGUGACAGUGGAGGCCCUCUGGUGUGUGCGGAGGACGGUGUGUGGAGUUUGGUGGGGGACGCAAGCUGGGGAGGGCAGGACGACCUGUCCAACAAACCCGGUGUCUUCGGCAACGUCAGCCAUUUCCUGGGCUGGAUCCACAGACAGAUGAAGAAGUCUGACGACGAAUCCAUUCUGGCGUCUUGAUUGGGUAGUGUAAUAGUUUUUAGCAAUAUUUUUGGGCUGAUAUUCAAGCCCAUGAACCUUUUGUACAGAUGUCUUUUUUUACUUGUAUUUAAAUGCCAUUUUGUUGUAUGUAUUUGAGAAGCAAAAUGCAUUGUAGUUUGUAUGAGUAGUAUAUUGUAAGGCCCUGGUUAGUCAAAAGCUCAAGGUAAAAUGUUAUUGUAUUCGUAGAUUAAAAGUUGUUAUUAUGAA